UUUCAAUUCCAUUUAAAUCUCUCUCUCUCUCCUCUCUCACUCUCUCUCUAUAAGAGUAACAGUACUCUGUCACUCUUCUCUGGUAUCAAUCAAUUUUAUAAUUCAACAAUGAACAUCACUUCAAUCUUCGUUCUCUCCCUCUUCGUAGUUCUAGUUCUUCCCACUACAGCUCUCGGGGACUGCACUUGCGACGCCGGAACGAUCAACGGUGGAAACAAGAUUCAAGCAUUCAGGUACAAAUUUGCGGCCAUAGCUUCGAUUCUCGUCGCCGGAGCGAUCGGAGUCUGUCUUCCGGUACUCGGCAGGUCCGUACCGGCGCUCCGUCCGGAAAAGGACGUGUUCUUCAUCAUCAAGGCGUUCGCCGCUGGUGUGAUUCUGGCCACCGGCUUCAUCCACGUCCUUCCCGACGCCUUCGACCACCUGACCUCGCCGUGUCUCACCGGAGAAGCUUGGCAGUUUCCUUUCACCGGUUUCGUGGCGAUGAUGGCGGCGAUCGUAACUCUGAUGAUUGAUACGUUUGCGACGUCGUAUUUUAAGGGGAAGGUCGAUGAUGAUGAUGGUCAUGCCAAGGCCGGAAGUACUACUGUCAAUGUUGAGGAUGGAGGUGGAGAUCACGGCGGCGGCGGCGCUCUUCAUGUUCACACUCACGCCACUCACGGCCAUGCUCAUGGAUCCGCCGCCGUGCUUUCGUCACACGACUCGGGUGUCGCUGAACUUAUUCGACACCGUGUCAUAUCUCAGGUUUUGGAAUUGGGAAUUGUGGUCCACUCGGUGAUUAUUGGAAUAUCAUUGGGUACUUCGGAAGAUGUGAAGACGAUAAAGGCUCUUGUGGCGGCUCUUACCUUCCAUCAAUUCUUUGAGGGCAUGGGUCUCGGUGGAUGCAUUGCUCAGGCAAAAUUCAAGUGUAAAGCAGUGGUAAUCAUGGCAAUAUUUUUCUCUCUCACAACACCAGUUGGAAUAGCAAUAGGCAUUGGAAUAUCGAGCAGUUACAACGAAAAUAGCCCAACUGCCCUAGCUGUAGAGGGCAUUUUAAAUGCAGCAUCAGCUGGAAUACUCAUUUACAUGGCUUUAGUCGAUCUUCUCUCAGUUGAUUUCAUGAACCCCAGGAUGCAAGCCAACCGAAAGCUUCAGCUUGGAGCCAACGCUUCGCUCCUUUUCGGUGCCGGCUGUAUGUCACUUUUGGCUAAGUGGGCCUAAAUUGAUUACUUAUUACUUUUGUUUCCACAUUUGCCUUCUUCUUCUUAUUAAUUACCCACCCUCACACAUGUAUAUUUUGCUUUUUACUACCAAAAUGUUUUAGGAAACAUAUAUAUACACGUAAAUGGAAGCAUCCUUAUUAUCGUUCAAAUA